AUGUAUACUAUUUUCUAUGCAUUGAUUAGUUUCGUUACUGCUUUUCGAAUCCCGAUUAACUCGGCAAUUGGAGCGAAUACGACGAAUCAAACGAUCUCACAACGGGACGCUCAACUCGUGCAAUGGGCACAGCUGAAUAAUUGCACUGAUCAAUACAAUGCUUUUGUGGCCCGAGAGCAAAGCGCUACAAAAAAUUUGCAGAGCAAAGUGGUGACGACUUUGGUUGAGAUGCAGCUGGCUUUUCAAAACCUCUUCGCUUUACAGACAAACACUUCGGCUACAACGAAUGAGAUUGUCAGUACAAUCGAGCAAACGCUUUCCGUCAUGUCACCCGAUAAGCGCACAUUGCUCAAUCAGCUCCUUCGAAUCGCCAAUGGAGAUCCGUUAUCACCGGGAAUUAUCAAUCCUGGAAACAAUGGGAAUAAUGGUGGAGUGAUUGAUCCGAUCAACACGGGAGGUCAAAGCGGUGGUCAAAGCGGUGGUGGGAAUCCGAUACAACCUCCCGUCUGGCAACCAAAUGGAAAUUUCGGUGUCAACGUGCUUCAUGUCUCC